AUGUCCUCGAUCGAUGCCAGCGCCAUCAAGACGGCGCCCUUUGAUGCCCGCUUCCCCAACCAGAACCAGACCAAGAGCUGCUGGCAAAACUAUGUCGACUUUCACAAGUGCAUUGCGCUGAAGGGUGAGAGCUACAAGCCUUGCGGCCAGUUCUUCAAGACCUACAUGUCGCUUUGCCCUCUGGAGUGGGUCGAGAAGUGGGAUGAGCAGCGCGAGGCGGGCACCUUUGCCAACCGUGAGCUCCAGUCAGCCCAGUACAACCACUAA